AUGUGCAAACGUACCAUGCUCCUUGAAAAACAACUCGUGAUUGUCGCAUCCAUAGGCUCAGUGUUAGCUGUCAUAACCUGUCUCGCAAUUGUAUCUUCCUUAUAUGAUGAGAUCAGCGAAAUCCAUAAUCAGGUCUUUGAUGCGGUAGCAGCAUUCCGAAUAGAGACGGAUUUGGCAUGGAUUGAGAUGAUGGAUGUGCAACUGCUUGCUUCUCCAUUUUCUGAUUCAUCUCGCAAAAAUCCUUUUGACUCCAUUUUCCGUCAGAAAAGGCAGACUGGCUUGCCACCAUGGUGCAAAUGCGUACCCGAUCCUGUUACCUGUCUACCUGGUCCACCCGGUCCUCCGGGACCACCUGGACGACCAGGCACUCCCGGUGCGCCAGGUCCUCCUGGAAGAGACGACACAACUGUGUAUGCUCCUCUUCACUGCCCUCCUCCUCCAAGUGACUGUAUCAGGUGCCCGCCAGGACCACCUGGACCUCCCGGGCCUCAAGGUUCUCCGGGCCCCCGUGGCCCCGAUGGAAGACCAGGAAUGCCAGGACAUCUUGGUAAUAACGGCAGACCUGGACCUUUAGGACCACCUGGGGAUAGAGGACAAGAUGGUCAGCGCGGUAAUAAUGGAGCACCUGGACAAAAAGGCCAAGAUGGAAGAAGAGGCGUUGGCGCAAGGGGAUUACCAGGUCCUCCAGGAAUGCGCGGAGAAAUGGGAAAACCUGGCCCAAUGGGAAAACCAGGGAUGCCAGGAGCAAGGGGACCACAAGGACCACCUGGUCAGCCGGGUAUGCCUGGAGCGAAAGGGAAUGAUGGGCAACCGGGAACAGUCGGACAGCGUGGACGUUCAGGAAAGGAUGCAACAUACUGCCGCUGUCCUCCUAGAAGCACUAAACUUCAUUACGGAAGUGUUGUUAGAAAGAGAAUAAUUUGA